GUGUUUCCCUCUCUCACCACCAGAGAGUAGAGAGUAGAGAGUGAAGCAGAGAAGAGAAACUAAGAGAGAAAUGUUGGCAAACCCUAGCAGUGGCAGACUGCACUGCGCUAAACCCUUUCAUUUCCACCCAAACCCAAAAUCAAACGAGCCCAAAUGUUUUGUGUUCCGAAACUGGCCCCCGCGCAGCAAGUCCAAGUCCAAGUUCUGCAGUUUGUCCCUCCUGGUUCCCAGAAAGAAUCGAAAGGCGUUUGGCAUCAGAGCUUUGACCGACGCCGCCGGAGCUGCGGCGGUUGAUGUUACUCAGCCCUAUUCCGUCAAAAUCCCCGUUGGUGAUAGACACAUUUUGAUUGAGACAGGUCAUAUUGGGAGACAAGCCAGUGCUUCUGUUACAGUCACAGAUGGAGAAACUAUUGUUUACACAUCUGUUUGUUUGGCUGAUACUCCAAGUGAACCGUCAGACUUUUUCCCUCUUUCCGUUCAUUAUCAGGAGCGUUUUUCGGCUGCAGGUCGGACUAGUGGAGGAUUUUUUAAACGAGAAGGAAGGGCAAAAGAUCACGAGGUUCUCAUUUGCAGAUUGAUUGAUAGGCCUUUGCGUCCAACUAUGUUGAAUGGCUUCUACCAUGAAACUCAGAUACUUUCUUGGGUGCUGAGUUAUGACGGUUUGCACUCUCCUGAUUCUUUGGCAGUCACAGCAGCUGGAAUAGCUGUUGCUCUUUCAGAGGUUCCAAACACAAAAACUAUAGCAGGAGUUAGAAUUGGUCUUGUUGGUGACAAAUUUAUUGUGAAUCCAACAACUAAGGAGAUGGAAGACUCUGAGUUGGACUUGCUGCUAGCUGGCACAGAUAGUGCAAUAUUGAUGAUAGAGGGUUAUUGUGAUUUUCUGCCCGAGGAAAAGUUGCUGCAAGCAAUAGAAGUUGGGCAGGAUGCUGUACGAGCAAUUUGCAAUGAGGUGGAGGCUUUGGUUAAGAAGUGUGGGAAGCCAAAAAUGUUUGAUGCAAUUAAAUUACCUCCCCCUGAGCUAUAUAAUCAUGUUGAGGAAAUUGCUGGUGAUGAGUUGGUAAGAGCUCUGCAGAUUACGCACAAGAUUCCUAGAAGAAAAGCCCUGUUGUCAUUGGAAGGAGAAGUUUUAACUAUACUUACUGAAAAGGGAUAUGUUAGUAAGGAUACAGCUCUUGCAGGCAGUGAAACAGUACCAGAUAUAUUUGAAGAUGAAGAUGAGGAUGAGGAAGUGAUUGUGGAUGGUGAAGUAGAUGAAGGUGAUGUUCAUAUAAAGCCUACCUCACGGAAAUCGACUCCCUUGUUUUUUUCUGAGGUAGACGUGAAGCUGGUAUUCAAAGAAGUAACAUCCAAAUUUUUGCGCAGGCGCAUUGUGGAGGGUGGAAGAAGAAGUGAUGGGCGGACCCCAGAAGGGAUACGUCCAAUUAACUCAAGAUGUGGACUACUUCCAAGGGCACAUGGAAGUGCUCUUUUCACAAGAGGGGAAACACAGUCAUUGGCUGUGGUUACACUUGGUGAUAAGCAGAUGGCUCAGAGGAUAGACAACCUAGUGGGUGUCGAUGACUGGAAAAGAUUCUAUCUCCAGUACACAUUUCCCCCUUCAUGUGUUGGGGAAGUUGGACGGAAUGGAGCACCUAGUAGAAGGGAAAUUGGUCAUGGAAUGCUGGCUGAGAGAGCUCUUGAACCAAUAUUGCCUUGUGAUGAUGAUUUUCCUUACACUAUACGUGUUGAGAGCACAAUUACUGAAAGCAAUGGCUCUUCAAGUAUGGCAUCUGUGUGUGGGGGAUGCUUAGCACUACAGGAUGCUGGAGUUCCAAUCAAGUGCUCUAUAGUUGGAAUAGCAAUGGGUCUGGUUCUAGAUACCAAGGAAUUUGGGGGGGAUGGUUCUCCGCUUAUUCUCUCUGACAUAACUGGAUCUGAAGAUGCAUCAGGGGAUAUGGAUUUCAAGGUUGCUGGAAAUGAACAUGGUGUAACAGCUUUUCAGAUGGAUAUAAAGGUGAGCGGGAUUACAUUAUCAGUUAUGAGAAAGGCACUCCUACAAGCAAAAGAUGGCCGGAAGCAUAUUAUUGCGGAACUGUUGAAAUGCUCCCCUCCACCUUCAGGAAGGCUUUCCAAGUAUGCACCACUGAUUCACAUAAUGAAGGUCAAACCUGAGAAAGUAAACUUAAUCAUUGGUUCUGGUGGGAAGAAGGUCAAAAGUAUUAUAGAAGAGACCGGAGUAGAUGCAAUUGACACACAAGAGGAUGGGAUAGUGAAAAUUACUGCCAGGGAUUUAUCGAGUUUAGAAAAGUCUAAAGCUAUUAUUGCUAAUUUGACAAUGGUUCCAACUGUUGGUGAUAUCUACAGGAAUUGCGAAAUUAAAACAAUAGCUCCAUAUGGAGUAUUUGUGGAAAUAGCACCUGGCCGAGAGGGACUUUGCCAUAUUAGUGAGUUAAGUUCAGAUUGGCUGGCAAAGGCAGAAGAUGCUUUUAAGGUGGGAGAUCAUGUUGAUGUUAAACUUAUUGAGGUAAAUGAGAAGGGGCAACUUCGCCUUAGCCGCCGAGCAUUACUUCCAGAUGCAGAUCCUGAGAAUGCCGGUGUAACGCAGCCUACAGGUGACUCCAAAGAUGUACCUUCUCAAACAUCGGACAAAAACAAAGUCAAAGGUACAAGCUCACCUAAAAAUAAUUCAUCAGAAAGUACUCUGCUCCCACAAAAAAAGUUCAUCCGGAGAUCAGUCAGCCCUGCCAAAAGUAGACAAAAUAUUAAUAAUGAUGCGACAAAGAAGAGCAGCAGUAGAGUAGCGGGCAGUUCCAGCAAGGAUGAAAAUACUUUAGUAAAUGGAGGUGCUAACAUUGGAUAGUAAGGAUAUUUUAACUGAUGAGGGUUAUCUGUUGGCCCCAUUUAUCAUGGUGAAAAUGACAAUGUGAUGUGAUGCCCACCAGAUCUAACAGAAAGAAAGGUUUUCAGGAUUUUUACUUGUUAGAAGUGGUGGAUUAUGUGUCCGAGGUUUGCAAUUCCGCCAAAAUGUUCACAUCACAUGCAUUCUUGUGAUUGACUAGAGGAAGUUACAGACUUACAGGUGUUACUAGUGCAUAUGUUCUUCAAGAGAGGGAAGUCUUAUGGGCUUGGAAAUUUUGCUGGACCAAUAGAUUCUUACAAUUCCAUUUGCAGGAGAAUGUCUUGUGCCUUUCAUGUCUUUAGAACCUCUUUUCUCUUGCUACUAUGUAAUAAUUACCUGGUAGUUUCUUUUCCUUGGCUCUUGCUGCAGCACAAUAUUGUUUAUCCUCCCUUGUAUGGUAAAUUGGUAAUUCGUAUUUUCUUGGGCCAUCGCAUCUAAUAGCUAGUUUCUAGUUGCUAGCAUUUUGACAUGA